UUUGAUUCUUCGAGAUGCGAUCGUUGCUCUAUUUACUACACCUAGCUCUGUUGACGAUCAUCGUCACGUCGGAACACAACGAUAGUAGUGUUCGUAGUGUGAAUGAAGGCCGCAAAAUGCUGUUUCCUUCACUAAGCACUUUACAGUUUUCAGUUUGCACCAGUUCCGGAUCGCCAUUUUUCAUACCGAAGAAAAAGUAUGCCUUCAGGAGACUAGGUGUUAACGUUGGAUUUCAGGCGAACUACGGCCUGCCGUAUCGGCUAAAAGAUUUCUAUACGCCGCCCACGUGGGCCCGAGCCAUGGUUGAUAUUGUGAAGGGCAAAUUCUUACCUACGGAAGUGAUAAGCGCCCGAGCGGUCCGCAAACGUCGAUCCGGUAGGCAGCUAAGUGCCGGCGAUAUUUACCUAGCCUUCGAUGAGGCUCUACAAUCAUAUGGUUACGACGAGGGUUGUAUGAUCAAAAGUGUUUGUGAGUUAGCGCACAGUCCUUUCCACAACGUAACCGAUGACAUUUACACAGAAAUUAUACAUUUUAUCCUAACACCAUCUGAGCACCAAGCGUUCGAUGCAAAUGAACGAAAAAUGAGAAUAAAGUACGAAGCAGCUGAACGUUUGGGAAAACAUGGGGCAGACUGUAAUCUACUUUACCCUAAGUGUAAAAAAUCGUUUUUGGGAGAUAUAUCGAACUUUUUGGAGGACAAUAAAGAUACAUUCUUGAAAUAA